CUGGCAUGUCUGAAGCAGAUACCACACCAUCGGAUGCUACUGCGCGACAACCUGUUCCAUGGACAGCCCCGACGGCUGCUGUGAUUAACGAGGAGGCAUUGACGGCAUUGGAGAACUACAAGAAGAGAGAUCCUUCGAAAGUGGUCGUGCGCUUCAAAGCUGUCGGCAACGCGCCAAUAAUGAAACAGAACUUCUACAAGAUAACCGCGUCCAAUAGAUUCCAAGCUGUCAUCCAGUUCUUGCGAAAAGAACUGGGAUGGAAAACUGGCGAUCCUUUGUUCACGUAUAUAAAUCUGGCCUUCUCGCCCGCUCCUGAUGACACUGUCUCAAAUUUAUUCAAAUCUUUUUCGACAGACGGACACUUGAUAGUGAAUUACAGCACCACAGCGGCAUGGGGCUGAACGCACACCUAAUACCAGAUGGCACCGCAUAUGUAUCUUUGUAUUCAAGUAGAUUUACAUCUCUCAGAGCGAGGCAGGAAUUGGAAAAGAAACAAUCCAGCCAAUGUCGCAAUGUCGAAAAAAGGAUGGAUUUCAUGUGUACUAGUGGUGCUUCUAUGCUGCCGGCGGAGCAACAGGUAAACGGACGCCCAAGUUAUCCGGGACUGCCAGAGAGUCAUCCACUUCGCUAGCCAGUCGGCCACCAAACGCAACAUUGCCGUGCUUAGCGCGGAAGGCGUCGAUCCGGGCUUCAACUUCUGGUCGGAAGUGACGCAUGAGCCCCUGGAUGGGCCAGGCAGCGGCAUCUCCCAGGGCACAGAUUGUGCGGCCUUCGACUUGUUUGCUGGUUUAACGGAUGAGAAGACCGCGCCAACUGGAGCAGGUAGGACUAACGUUAGCUCCAAAAGCAUGUCGAUCUCGCGGCGGUGCCCCCGGCCCUCGACCAUACGAUUCAUCAUGUUCAUCAUCCAAGUAGUCCCUUCGCGACAAGGUGUGCACUGGCCACAUGAUUCAUGCUUGUAGAACUGCAUGGCGGGAAUAAGCGCAUGCCAUGAGACACGACAGGCAAACUCACAGCAGAAAAGCGCGCGAUAGCAG